GCUGUGGUCAUCAGCGAGGUGGAUUUCCCGUGCAUUUGCUUGUGGGCUAUUGGUUCUUUCAUGCGAGAGGUCCCGUACCGUACGUAGGCUCCCGGACGAAUUCGCAGCUCAACAAUAGUCAUGGCCGCCCCUAAGCAGGUUUUCAUCGCCAUCAUUGGCGCCGGCGGUGUCGGCAAGAGCUUCAUCAACCAGCUCCAGUCCCUCGCUGCUCGAAAGCCCUCCCCCAAGUUGACCCUUGCCUACAUCGCCACCAGCCGCAAGGCUCUGUUCAAUGACGACUACUCUGGCAUCAGCCUGGAAAACGUCACCGACACUCUCGCUGCCUCGUCCAAGGCUCCUCUCGCCCUGACCAAGGUCGUCGACUACCUCGCCGCGGCCCCCGCCAAGGUCGUCCUGGUUGACAACACGAGCUCCCAGGACGUUGCUGAGCUGUACCCUCUUGCCCUGAGCCGAGGCGUCAGCAUCGUCACCCCCAACAAGAAGGGCUUCUCGGGCUCCUACAAGCUGUGGCAGGACAUCUUCUCCGCUGCCGAGUCCUCGGGCGCUCGCGUCUACCACGAGUCCUCCGUCGGUGCUGGUCUGCCUGUCAUCUCUACACUGAAGGACUUGGUUGAGACCGGUGACAAGGUUACCAAGAUUGAGGGUGUCUUCAGUGGCACCAUGUCUUUCCUCUUCAACUCCUUUGCCCCUACCGAGGGCCAGGGUGGCAAGUGGUCUGACGAGGUUAAGAAUGCCAAGGCACUCGGAUACACUGAGCCUGAUCCUCGGGAUGAUCUCAACGGUCUCGACGUUGCCCGAAAGCUGACCAUUCUGGCUCGUCUGUCUGGCUUGCCUGUUGAGUCGCCCACUGCGUUCCCCGUCCAGAGCCUGAUCCCCAAGGAACUCGAGUCCUGCACCAGCGGCGACGAGUUCCUCGAGAAGCUGUCCGCCUUUGACCACCAGAUGGAGGAGACCAAGGCUGAGGCUGAGAAGGCUGGCAAGGUUGUUCGAUUCGUCGGAAGCAUUGACACUGCUAGCAAGCAGGUCAAGGUUGGCCUCGAGCAGUUCGACCGCUCGCACCCCAUUGCCGCACUCAAGGGCAGUGACAACAUCAUUAGCUUCUACACCGAGAGGUAUGGAAGCAACCCCCUGAUAGUCCAGGGUGCCGGUGCUGGUGGUGACGUGACUGCCAUGGGUGUCACUGCCGACCUGAUCAAGGUUCUUGGGCAGAUUGCGUAAAAAGCUGGAUGUGAUAUAGCAAGAAUAAAAAAGGCUGGAUGUAAGACUCCACAAGCGCUGAUCUAUUGUUCAUCUCGUGUCGUAGAGCAUCUAUAAAUGUAGGGUGGAUGUGUCUACCUCCUGGUUAAGGCGGAGGGCUUCAGCUUCGUCGCAAUGGGGACGGGAGGCGUCGAAUCGUGAGGCAGGGUUGGAGUCCUAGACAUGCGCCGCAACUAUAGAAAGAGGUCUAGAAUCAUGAGGACAAUAAUAAAGUAGGAACAUAAGCUCUAAGCGCCCUAAGCCAAAACACCUGAAGGUGACCACGUUCGGGUACGUGGGCGACGGUUCGUCGAGGUGAAGUCUGCCUGGAUCUGUCCCAGUUC